UUCGCCUCAACAUGCAUGUACGUGUGGGGUGCAAUUUUUCGGCCAGACCACCGUAAUGAAAAGUGGAGCCAUUGUGAAGGGCACUUUUACAAAGGAUGGGCCCACGUUCUGCUGCUUCUUAAAAAAGCUUCUGUGGACUUUUCCUGCAGGUGCCAUGAAGAAAAAUGCGUUUCCAUUGCUAGUUUUCCAACCUUAAAGUUCGUGCCAGUUUUCUGGGCAUAUCAAAUUGGCCAUAUGGGGGUCUUCGAUUUAUCAGAACAGGAUCUUUUGAAGAAUAUCGCGACUUGGUUUAUAUCACCAACGGUAAUUGAAGAUCUGCUGAGAGGAAAGAUGCACGCACUCCCGCUUCGAGUCACAUCAAAACCCUCCUCAUCAACCACACAUGUAUUAAGUGGUGUGUAUCAUCCCAAUGAGAAACACAUGGAUGAAUUGGGCAACUGGCAGAGCGCAGGCAACAUUCGCUGGAUCACAUACCACCACACAGACGAAAGGGGCUUUACUUUUGAAGGAGCGCUUGUCCAAAACAGUCAGGACAGAUGUAGGUGGAAAUGGAUGAAGUUACAGCAACUGAUCGCAAUCCUUUCUGGAGUCUUCAUGGCCAAACCCAUACAAAACCUCUUCGAUCAUAGAAACGUAGGGCAUUUCGACUUUAAAGGCUUAGAUGAAAUUCUUGAUGGCUUCGAGAUAUGGGAGUAUUUAGAUUCUGUGAUACCGUGUGUUAAAAAAAUGCAAGUCAAAGAAGCAGAACGUGACACUUCACAAGUGACAACUACCAGCAAACCCCCCUCAACAUCAGACAGGAUCGCAGGCACUUGCUCUGUGCUCAUUCACCGCACCAGCUCCGGUCUAAAGAGAUGCCUUGAGAGGGUGAUAUUAGAAAAAGAGGAAUACACCACCUCUUCAUCGCUCUUGUAUUCCUCAGUCAGUGGAAAACCACAUAAUGCCAGGUCAGAGAAUUGGACCCAAAGCCCUCUUCAAUAAAACAAAGUCAUUAAUCACAGCAAAUACGCCACACAAAAGACACAGCACAGAUAAAUUCAUUGAAGAAGAAAACAUUCAUUUCGGCUAUUGAUUUGAACCACUUACUAUAGAACCAGCAGGAUGAGAUAAAUAACAUGUAUGAAACAGCACAGAACAAUCAUGGAUAAAAAAAACACAUCAUACCAACAUUUCAAGGGCAAUUUUACCAAGAGGAAACGUGCGCUGUUCAUUCUGUCUUAUAUGAAGUUCAUUAUUUCUCUGAGUUAGGGUUCAAUUGUUUAUACCAUUUUACCCCAAUCCAUUUGGGAAUA